AUGGAUGUUGUCAAGGCCGUGGAGACAUAUAUUUCAAAGCUCAUAUCCGUACCUUCUUCGAUGAAAGUCUUGUUACUAGAUGGUCACACAACUCCUAUCGUUUCGCUCGCAUCCACUCAGUCGACCUUGUUGUCACAGCAAGUCUAUCUGACCGACAAACUCGACAACAAAAAGCGAGAUAGGAUGCCGCACAUGAAAUGCGUGUGUUUCCUCCAACCAAGUGACGAGAGCUUCGAGGCACUCGAGGCGGAGCUGCGUGAGCCUAAGUAUGGCGAAUACUACCUCUAUUUCAGUAACAUCUUGAGCAAGACUGCAAUUGAGCGUCUUGCAGACUCAGACGAAUAUGAGGUUGUCCGGGAGGUCCAGGAAUAUUUUGCAGAUUAUGCGCCUAUUUUGCCAUCUUUAUUCUCUUUGAAUCACACUCCGGAUGCAUCACAUCCGGUAUACGGCUCAUCACCAAAUUCGUGGGAUCCAAAGGCGCUUGAGCGUGCCGUGCAGGGAAUCAUAGCAGUACUGUUGAGUUUGAAGAAAAAGCCUGUGAUCAGAUACGAGAAAUCUAGUCUCAUGGCGAAGAAAUUGGGAGUUGAGAUCCAGCAUCGUAUCCAGCAGGAGUCGGGCCUGUUCGACUUUAGACUGACGCAGGUUCCCCCACUGCUGUUGAUCCUCGACCGGAGGAAUGAUCCCGUUACCCCAUUGCUCUCACAAUGGUCAUAUCAAGCCAUGGUUCAUGAGCUUCUAGGGAUUCAGAAUGGCCGUGUUGACUUGAGUCUCGUCCCGGACAUACGACCAGAACUCAAAGAAGUCACCCUCACGCCAUCCACCGACCCGUUUUUCCAGGCGCAUCACCUCGCAACAUUUGGCGACCUCGGCACGUCUCUCAAAGCUUAUGUGCAGUCAUACCAGUCGCAUUCCCUUGCCAAUAAUCCCGAGUCAAUUAACUCUAUCAGCGACAUGAAACGCUUCGUUGAAGAGUACCCCGAGUUCCGCAAGCUCGGCGGCAACGUGAGUAAACAUGUGGCCAUCGUUGGGGAACUUAGCCGAAUCGUCGACCGAGACAAGCUACUGGAUCUUGGUGAGGUCGAGCAAGGCCUAGCAACCGGAUCUGGAGCGGAUCUUCGAGAUGUACAAGCGCUGAUUACCAACCCACUGAUUCAGCCGUGGAAUAAACUCCGCCUUGUCAUUCUUUAUGCACUGCGCUAUCAGAAGAUGCAAUCGCAUAAUGUCGCCUCUCUGAUCAGUCUCAUGCUUGAGAAUGGCGUCAGUCGGGAAGAUGCUCGAUUGGUGUAUGUAUUCCUCAAUAUUGCUGGCUCGGAUCAGCGUCAAGAUGACCUAUUCUCGGCCGAGUCAUUGUUUGCAAAAGGCCGUUCCGCGCUGAAGGGUCUCAAGGGUGUCGAGAAUGUGUACAUGCAGCAUCAACCACAUCUUGCGGAGACCCUCGAAAAUCUGUUCAAGGGUCGCUUACGGGACAUUAGCCAUCCAUUUUUGGAGGGUGCGGGUCCGAACGCUAGCUUUCAGCGGCCACAAGAUAUUAUAAUCUUCAUGAUUGGAGGGACUACAUACGCUGAGGCAAGAACAGUGGCGCUGUUGAAUCAGGAAUCUGCUCAGAGCGGUACGUCUGCCGCUGGGACGCGGUUACUGCUGGGCGGCACUUGCAUACAUAACUCAUCGAGCUAUGUGGAGAUGAUUCGGUCCGCUUCGGCCAACUUCCCGGCAUCUGUAUACGAUCCCCCUCCGGGUGCCUCCAGUACCAUGCCAUCGCUUAACCUCAAUCUCGGCGGUGUCAACGUCAGUUUGGGUGGUCCUGGUGGGACCGGUGUGUACAGAACCAGCGGAGAGGGUGUGAGUGUGCAAGCGGAAGGGAUCAAGGAUGGUGUGAAAAACCUAUUCGGGAAAGUCAAGCAAGGGGUGGACCGAAUAGCGUCCCACUGCGAGGCCUUGGGAUUAUUCGAGGAUUUGGUGUAUGUUGCAUGUAUCGUUGUGGUUGCCGCAUUCACUUCACUACGUACAUAUGUUAUUAGCGGGCUCUUUGCGUCCAGCUUUGUUGGGCAUACGGAUGCAUCUCUUGACCAUACGUCACAUGAACCCAUGGUCGAGGACUUAGCAGAAGAUGGAUUGGUAGAAACAGAAGAAGUGCAGAGGACUGGAGUAGACGAAGAGUGA